CACGCAACAGACGUGCCCCGCACGCUUAACCACUCAUCGUCCACUCCUCUCCGUCUCGACUCAGCCCCUCUCCCCGACUGUAUAAGCCACGCCCCCAGUUCACAGGUUGACACUUUUUUCCUACCCCACACUCGCUCCCCACACAACUCUCACUUUCACCCUCAUCCUCACUCUCACUUUUCCAUUCCGUUUCCUGUCUCAGUUCUCGACGCAGCAAUGUCCGCCGAGAAGUUUGGCUUCGCAGACAAGGGCCACUCGGGCUCCGACGUUGGCAAGACCGCCCCGACCUACGACGCCGAGGUGACGCCCGCAGGCGACCAGACCGUGCACGAUGCCGUCUUCGGUGAACUCGAAGAGGGAGGUCCCGACUACCGUGGUGUCGGCUCCGUGGGCGGCUUCAUUCUCAUGACCAAGGCCAACCUUGGUCUCGGUGUGCUCGCGCUCCCCUCCGUCUUUGGCGUCCUCGGCCUUGUACCCGGCAUCAUCAUCAUUCUCAUCAUCCAGUCCAUGAUUGCUUACUGUGGCCUCGCCAUCGGUACCUUCAAGGUCAACCACCCCGAGGUUUACGGUCUCGCCGACGCCGGCCGCGUCUUCGGCGGCCGUCUCGGUGGCGAAUUCUUUUACGUUACCUUCCAGAUUUUCAUGCUCUUCAUCAUCGGCUCGGCCCUCGUCGGUAUCUCGACUUCGCUGAAUGCCGUCUCGACGCACGGCACGUGCACGGCCGUGUUUGUCGCCGUCGCCGCCGUCGCGGGCUUCCUCUUCGGCUCGAUCCGCACCCUCUCCAAAGUCACUUGGAUUGGCUGGGUCGGCCUCUUCUCCAUCAUGGCGUCCAUCCUCACCCUCACCAUCGCUGUCGGUGUCCAGGACCGCCCGAGUGACGCGCCCAAGACCGGCCCCUGGGACAAGAAGGUCCAGAUCUUCGGCAACCCCACCUUUGCUCAGGCCAUGAGCGCGAUCAACGGCAUCGUCUUCUCGUACGGCGCUACCCCCAUGUACUUCGGUAUCGUCUCGGAGAUGAAGAACCCCCGCGUCUACGCCCGUUCGAUGGUCUCUUCCGUCUUCUUCCUCACCAUCGUCUACCUCGUCAUCGGCUCCGUCGUCUACUCCUUCGCUGGCCAGUACGUUGCCUCGCCUGCUCUUGGCACCGCCGGCGUGCUCCUUAAGAAGGUCUGCUACGGUAUUGCCAUCCCAGGCCUCCUCGCCUCGCUCACCAUCUUCUCCCACCUUGCCGGCAAGAACCUGUUCGUUCGCCUCCUGAAGGGCUCGUACCACCUCAACCACAGCACCAAGACGCACUGGAUUACCUGGCUUUCUUGCGUUCUUGGCUCGGUCAUUGUCGGCUACAUCAUUGCCUCGGCCAUUCCCAUCUUCGGCACCCUAAUUUCGCUCAUUGGAGCUGUCGUCUGCCCACUUGUCUGCUUCAUUCCGUACACCAUCAUGUGGAUCCACGACAACUGGCGCCUCUCUGACGUGCGCACGACUAAGCGCCGCAUGGGCUUCUACCUCAACAUCGUCCUUCUUAUCCUCGGCAUCUUCCUGCUGGCUGCAGGCACGUACGGCGCCAUCGAGGACCUCAUCACCGUCACCAAGGGCCCGAUUGGCAAGCCUUGGGGCUGCGCAGACAACUCGGGGUCCGUCAAGGAGUAGGGUGACAGAUGAUAUCAGAGGGCGAGGAAGAAUCAUUAAUAGCAUAUUAGAGUAGGGCACGGGUAACAUUGUGCGUGAUGCCAGAUAGUCUCUGACUUGAA